UUGCUGUUCUUUCUUCUUCCUCGUUGGCAGGACCACUUUGCUCCAGACCAAUUUGAAAAGGUUCGUGCUUAUGGGAAAAAAAGCUGAAUGCAGUUACCAGCAUUUUCGCUUAUGCACCACCAAAAAGCGAACGGAAACCGCCUGGCCCUCGUGUACCUCCUACUCUGUCAUCUACUAUUACUGCAACAUCUGAACAGCAAGAUGAUCAACUGAGCCCCAAUGUUAACCACUCCUCACUGGAAGGGAACGAAGUGCAGCCAGGUUGUGAAACCGACACUGGCAGCGAAGGUGACAUUCACCUUUUGGAAGAGAAAGGUCUCAUUGAAGCUACUUCAUCAGAAAGAAAUGAGUUGGGUAAUUCUGACUGCGAUGAAUUAGAUGCAGUGAAACGCCGUCUAUACUUGGAGGCAAAGAGACGGAGAAAGGCCGAGUCUGAACGGGACCAGCUAAGAGAAUCCCUAGGACGCCUUCUUGCAGAAAACCAGAUCUAUGUGCUGGAAAAGGGCACCAUGAGAGGUUCUUCCUGGACCAAAGCUACUGUGGAAGGCGCACUGAAGCUGCGACUUGCAUGCGACUCUCGUGGUUACGAAUACCUGCGGGAAACUGGCUGAGCUCUUCCAGAGGAAAGGACCCUGCAAAGGCACAUAGAGGACGUAAAAAUGCCUCCAGGAAUCCUUGAAGAGGUAUUUUCGGCCCUUGCAAUGAAAGUGGCUACACUUCAAGUUGAAGAGCAUUAUGCAGCAGUGCUGAUCGAUGAAAUUCAGCUUACUCCGGGGCUUGAUUAUGACAACUCUACUAUGGACAGUUAUUGGUCACGCUACAAUUGCAGCACCAAAACCAAGUACAUCUCCUGCUAUAGCAACACAUGGUACUGUUGUGAUGCUUGCUGGAGUGACCUCAAGAUAGAAGCAGACUGUUGCCUACCACUUUACUGGUAAGCUCACGUUAUAUAGCUUAGAGAAUGCGCAAGAGAGUGUAGCUAAUACUGUGUGUCUGAUUUGUUGCUAUAAGUACUGGUAGCCAUAAAGCCAAAUUUCCACACAAGAAAUGCAAUACCAAAAAGCCCAUUACACAUGAGGUGUAAUCUAUAUAUCUUAUCUUAUUCACAUGAGCAGAAUUAAAACUUAAAAUAGAUGCAAAGACUCAAGCUAACAAUCUAAUUUUUUGCUUUUCAUUUCAGCUAGCUCAUUCGAUGCAUCCAAAGCGCUUGAGCUUUUCUUUUGUGUCAUCCGCAGAAGUGAGCAAAUUGGCGACUGCGUUACAUCUGACAUGGGCGCUGGGAACCAAGCAGUAUGGCGGUUGCGUGGUAUGGUAGCCACAAGAUAUGGGCGACCGAAAACAACUUGCGCGCGCUCAUGUGGAAAUGGGAGAAGCCUGCACUUUUUAGCAGAUGCUCCACACUUGCUAAAAAAUCUGCGUGGGCACCUAGUUCGAGAACAGAAAAUCUGCUUGGAUGCUGAGACUGUUCAGAAGCACAGGUUUCCACGUAACGAGGUGCGGCUUGAUUACAUUAAGCGCUUGUGUGAGACCGACGAGAAACACGACCUCAAGCUUGCCCCACACCUCAAGCCAAAGUACCUUUCGCCAAACCAUUAUGAAAAAAUGAAUGUAGGCACCGCUUGCGCAAUAUUUGACCAUGGCGUAGCUUCAGCAAUUAAGCUUCUUGUUGAUAAAGACAAAUUGCCGAAAGAAACUCUCACAACAACUUGGUUUUUGCAGUUUGUACACCAGUCAUUUGCUCUGAUGUCGUCGCGCACCUCAAAAAUGGCUCUUAGUGACCUUUGCCCAGAAAAAGGCACUGGGGCCGUGCAUUUUCUUCAAGGCGUCAUUGAAGUGUUCACGAAGCUGCAGAUAUAUGAUGCAGGCAAAUCUUCCUCAGUAUGGAAACCAGUACACUCUGGUGUCAUCAUCACAACACGUACAGCACUAAGGUUGAGAGAACUCAUGAUAAAAGAGAGAGGCCUUAAAUAUAUUUUGUUAAGCCGCUUUGCCCAAGAUGCACUGCAAAACCUUUUCAGUACCAUACGUCUCAAAUCCCCAGUCCCAAGGGCACGUGAAUUCAAGUAUGCUCUGCGCAUGAUUGUAUUGGCUCAGUUUUUCCAACCAAGUAAAAAAGGAUCUUAUCAAAUUGAUGAUGGAGGGCAGCUGGCUCAGUUUGUUUCCACAAAAACUAAUGUCCUUAAGCCUCUCGAGGAAGAAGUAGUUGAGCGAAAUGAUGUAAGCCUUGCAGCAAAGGAGCAAGAGUGUCUUCACUACUUGGCAAGCUAUAUAGCACGCAACGUUCUCAGGAAAAACAAGCUGUGUGGCGUGUGCAGUGCUGCCUUGAAAGGUAGCAGUGAAGACAGUGGACGGCUCUUGAAAAUGAAGAACUAUGUGGAAGGCAAGGAGUCCCUGUGUAUCCCGUCACAACCUGUAACAGGUCUUCUUCAGGAGGCAGAAGAAUAUUUUCGUGGCAACGAGAAGCAGCUUACUGAAGGCAAAAUGACUGUUGAGGAUCUGCAGCAAGUUGUCAAAAAACUUGAAUGUAACACACAACUCCCUUCUUGCCACAAAGUAAUGGAAAAGGUUCUUGGGGAGUUCUUGUGCAGAUUGAGAUUCUCUCUCAGAAAAAGAAAUAAUGAAAUGCUUAAGCUGCUGAAGGAGAAGCCAAAGUGUGGUUCUAAAAGUAUGGUUCUAAAUUGUGUGAAAACAUUCUGCAGAUUCUCUUUCUUCAAUUUUGUAGUGCGGUUUCUUAUGGUAUGUAAAACUGCAUUCUUGCUACAUGGUAUUGAACUAUGAAAAUUCUUUAGCUGUAACAAAGUGAUCAGCACUUUAAUCAGCAUUCUAGUGCAAUUAAUCUGAUUAUUUAACUAGUCUAAAUACUAGAGGAAGGAUUAGACUGGGAUGAGAUGACUAGUAUGCUAUGAUUUGAAUGUAUCAACCACAAUAUAACUAACUAAAAUAACCGUGUCCAUAGGGCUCUGCACAUGCAAUAGACUUUUACGCCUGUGUAAAGUUGUGUGUGACCCAUACAUAGGUAGAAUUGCUACUUGGUAGAUUUUAGAAGGCAUAGACCACAGUUGUUUAUUUAGUUCGAGUCAGAGUGUUUCUAGGCUAGCAUCAGAAUUCCACUCAAAAGUUUAUUGGUCUACUACAUUAAUAGAUAG